AUGGACGGCAACCUUCACAUUUGGCAACUCGAGGAGCUACUGGAGGUGCAGGGGGGGAAGGCUAAGUUCCCGAAGCCGCAGCGAUCGAUACAGGCGCACACAGCAGCUGUCGCUAGUCUGUGCCUGGUGAAAGACACGUACCUCUUCUCUGGAGGAUGGGACUCGGUUGUCAACGUGUGGGACCUGCGGAAGGGGUUUGAAUUUGUUGGCUCGCUCAACGGACAUGCAGGGUUCGUUCGGGCUAUCUGUGGGAUGAACGAUGACAUCGUCUUGACGGCAGGAAACGAUCGAACGAUAAGAAUCUGGGAGGUUGAGAGCAUGGCGUGCUCAGGGAUGAUGACAGGGCACGAGUUGCCGAUCCUGACGCUCUUGGUGGUGAACGGCUUUCUGCUGUCUGCGGGGUACGACUCCGUGAUCAAAGUUUGGGACGUGAGCAAGAGGCUCUGCCUGCAGAACCUUACAGGUCACACUCAAGCUGUGACGUGCUUG